AUGGCUUUGCUUGCUAAACAAGGGUUCAGAAUCAUUCAAAGACCUGAAGCUUUGGCAAUUGUUAAUUCAUAUGGAUGGUGUAUUAGAGAAGGAGAUGUUGGAAAGGUUCCUAAUGACAGGCAAAGAAGAUAUGGCAGAGAAGGAACCUUUUCAUUUUUGAAGAAAGUCUUCAUUCAUCCUAAGAAGGUAAUGCAGCAGGCUCAACAAUUUUUGACAGAUUUCCAAGACAUUCAAGUUAUUCAGCAGGCCUUCAAAGAUUCAUCCACUAGCAGUAACUUGAUUUGGAUUCCUCCACCUGCAGGUGUGUAUAAAGUUAAUUGGGAUGCUGCAAUAAAGGAAGAAGCUAGUAAAGUUGGAAUUGGCAUUGUUAUAAGGGACUUUGAAGGCAGGGUAGUUGCAUCUCGAAGCUUGCAGAAAUUCAUGUUCACUGAUGCAUUCACAGCUGAGACUCAAGGAGCUUUACAAGCAGUAUGCUUUGCAAAAGAUAUAGGAUUGAGAAGGAUCAUUUUACAAGGGGAUGCACUAAAUGUUGUUAAGUCUUUAAAAACUGAUUCUUCUGAGUCUCACUAUUCAGGUGUUCUGUUAUGGGAUGCCAAGCAUAUUCUAAAUCAGUUUGAUUAUUGGGAUGUUGUUCAUGUCAAGAGGCAGGUAAACGUGGCUGCACAUGUUUUAGCUAAGUAUGGGUUAAGUAGUGAUGAGGAUGAAGUUAGAUUGGAGGAUAGUCAUUUAUGUAUUCUCCCUUUUAUUUGA